GGGGAAGUGCCGUGGGGUGGGUGAAGCCUCCGGCUUGGCCGCGGUCACCGUCCCCGGCUGCCACCCACCGGCCCCUUGCUGGCACCCGCUGCACCCAUGGGUGUCCUCCUGCUCCUGCUCCUGCUCCGGACCCCAGCAGCAGAGGCCCUGAUGGAGCCGGAGUUCUGCUACAUCCUCGAUGCCAUCCUCUUCCUCUAUGGCAUCGUCCUCACCGCCAUCUAUUGCCGCCUCAAGUUCAGCGUUUACCGAGCAUCACAACAGGGAGCCACCAAAGAGAAGGAAGAAGCCGUCUAUGUUGGGCUCAGCAGUGAGGGCCAAGAGACCUACGAGACCCUCGAGAUCAAAAGCUCCUGACCCCCCCC